AUGGCUGCGUGGUGUGCGCAGGCGGCUGCGCUGUGCCCGCCGCGGCAGCCGGAGCUGCUGGCGAUCGAGGCGGAGUGCGCACAGGACGACCACACCGAAUGCUCCACCACGCCAGCGCGACGUCUGAGGCGCCGGCGAGGCGACGGAGGCGCGGCCGCCGCGCCACCACCGAGCCGCCGCCCACCUCCACGAGGCGCGCCCGCCCGUGGCGCGCAGGCAGCGCAAGCGGAGCUGCAACUAUCACCUGUGUGUGCUGAAAAAAUUGGAAGUGCUGGACAGUUCAGACAUGCCGGAUAAGACAUUGCUUACAAAUUGGAUCGCUAACAACGUCACAGAUGAGAAGCAAAGAGAGAAAUUACAGCAGAGAUUCACUGAAUGUGUGACAUCUCUCAAAGAUAUUUUUGGUGAAUCAUCAGAAAAUUCAAAAAGCAAUGAGGAAGAAACAACUGAUGACAAAAAGAAUGAAGAAACACAACCAAUGCCCAGUGCUCAAAUUUUAGCUGCACUUUAGAGGAUGAAGUGUUCUUUCUGAACACUAGACAUCGGUCAUAAUAAAAGCCAAGAGAAUGUGCUCACAAAUCAAAGAACUACUUGGUUUUAAAGGCAUUCCUAUUAAUAGAAAAUUUGCACAAUUUUGACUGGUGUUGUUGAACACAUAGAAACUUUGUAUGAUGUAUUAUCAUAUCAUAUGUCAUUGCAGGAGCAACCAAAGAUGUAGACAUGAUACUCAAAAUAACGUCACUCACAUCUCCUUGCACAGAAAAUAAUAUAAGAGUUGCACACUUACCAUAGUUUUUAGACAUUGUUUCUUCAGGUAUUUUGUAUAAGUACAAAGGGAUCCAGAAAAAUACUCAAAUCACAAGGUGUAAAGUGAAGGCCAGUAUGCCAUCUUGUGUGUAUUUGUAAGUUACAAAAAGAAAUUUUCACGAUAAUAGAAGACUCAAAAGGUUGUUUCAUACCUUGCAUUGGUAAUCAAAGAAACAACAAAGAAGAGAGAGAUUUCAAUCAACAUAUCAAAGCAAAAAAAUCACUAUAAAUAAUUAAACUGACAUUAAAAUGAUUAUAAAUAGCAGAUUCAAAAUGUCUUAUGAUAAUUUUAAUAGAGGAAUUAACAUUCUUUUCCAUUUAAUUCCAUU